AUGAAGAAAUCCCGCCCGUGGCAGCCUCAUCUCAUUUCUUACAUUCUUUUUUCUCUUCAUUUUUCUCUUUCUUCAUUUUCUUUUUCUUUCUUCGUUUCUCUGUCUCUCUCAUUUUUCUCUCUCUCUCUUCGUUUCUCUCUCUCUCUCUUUUUUUUUCUCUCUCUUCGUUUUUUUUCUCUCUCUCUCUCUACGUUUCUCCCUCUUUCUCUCUUCAAGAGCCAAUCGUCAGUGACUAAUGAUGGCAGUCUCUCGCGAAUAUUCGAUUCUUCAGAGAAACAAACGGAGAUUAUAGAAGACUCUGUGCGGCAUUGGGAAGACACAGGUCAGGCAACACAUUGUGUGAUUUUCGCUGGUACAGAGGUUCAACUACCAAAGCAAGAAACCAGUGAGGCUAUAAAAGAUCAACCCAUUACCUGCGGCUACACUCGAGCAGACGAUAAAAGCCAACACUCCCCACAGAUUAAUCACGACAGGGACACCCUUCCUGCUCCGAGAGACGGGUUGAGCACAUCUUACGACAAUAGUCCGACUAAUGUAAAUACUGUACAAUUCUUUCUCUCACUCUUUUUUUUUUUUCUGUUCUAUCGAUUUUCUCUUCCCUUUCCUCUUUCCCGUGUUGUUUCUAACUCCUUUUUCUUCGGAUUCCUUUUUAUCUUUCUUUUUUUCAUCGUUUUUCUCUUCCUCUUUUUUAAUGACGGUUCCUUUUAUUGUUCUUUUCUUUUCUUUUUUUUCUCCUUCUGUAAUUUUUUCCGUUCUUUUUUUUUCUCUUGCUUCCUUUUUUCUUCGAUUCCUUUCACUCGCUCCUUUUCUCUUCUUUUUACUUAUCUUUCUCUUCAUUUCUAUUUCUCUUCUUUUCUUUCCCUUUUUUUCUUCUUUUUUUUCUCAUCUUUUCCACCUCGCCUCGUUAUUUUUCUUCUCGUAUUUCUAUUUUUCUCUUUCUCGUUAUCACCACUUUCUCUCCUUGUUUUUUCAAACCUCUCUUUCCUUGAACUCUGA